UUUAACUUCCUGCGUGCGCGCAUUGAUGGUUUCGGUCCUUUUACUCGCUGGCUAACCUCUAGCUCCAGUCGGUGCGCGAUAAACAAAAUUUAAAUCGCAGCCAUGGUGCGAAUGAAUGUACUCAGUGAUGCGCUCAAAAGUAUCAACAAUGCCGAGAAACGUAACAAGAGACAGGUUCUCAUCAGACCUUGCUCCAAAGUUAUCGUCAAGUUUCUUGGUGUCAUGAUGAAGCAUGGUUACAUUGGAGAAUUUGAAAUUGUUGAUGACCACCGUAGUGGUAAAAUUGUUGUCAACCUCUCUGGUAGAUUGAACAAGUGUGGAGUUAUUUCACCAAGAUUUGAUGUACCAAUUACUGACAUUGAGAAGUGGACCAACAACCUUUUGCCUUCUCGUCAAUUUGGAUACGUUGUUUUGACAACCAGUGGAGGCAUUAUGGAUCAUGAGGAAGCAAGAAGGAAACAUUUAGGAGGCAAAAUCCUUGGUUUCUUCUUCUAAUUAUUAAUUUAUAAUAAAUAAAUACAAAAAAAAACUUUGUAUCAACGUUAUAAAUGAUAUCUCCAUAACAACUCGUCAUUAAAUGUUGAUGCAAAUAAAAAA